AAAUUAGAUAUGCCAACAUUGUUUGAAUUAAUAUCUCCUUUUUUAAUCGGAGGUAUCUCAGGAUGUACAGCCACAACUUUCGUCUAACCAAUGGAUACUGUAAAGGUACGUAUUCAAGUCCGAAGUGAACUUAAAGGACAAGGAUAAACUAUCAAUGUCAACACAUUGGAAAUUAUCAAAGACAUCAUCAAAACAGAAGGACCCUUCGGAUUUUACAAAGGGUUAUAAAUAAUAUAUAUAUUAUUAGAAUUGGAGCUGCUCUAUUGAGAUAAGUCACUUAUGCUACUACUCGUUUGGGAUUAUAUAGAGCCAUCGAUGAUCAUUAUAAAAGAACACAUGGUAGAAGCAUGAUUUUUUGGGAAAGAUGUUUAGCAUCUUCAUUUUCUGGAUUUGUUGGAUCCAUUGUUGGAAAUCCAGCUGAUUUAUGUUUGGUUAGAUUUUAAGCUGAUACCCUCUUACCAGAAGCAUAAAGAAGAAAUUAUAAAAAUGUUUUUGAUGCUCUCUACAGAAUUGUUAGUGAAGAGGGACUCAUCACACUCUGGAGAGGAUCAUUACCAACAGUCAUCAGAGCCAUUGCUAUGAACUUAAGUAAUUCAACAACUUAUUAUAUUAGGUAUGUUAACAACCUAUGAUCAAAUCAAAGACAUUAUCGUAUCUCUUCAUGGUAAAGGAAAGGAAGAUUAUAUGGAUAAAUUAUUGUAUAUUUUAUCCUUUAUACUAAUAGAUCCUCUGCUGCAGCUGGUAUUGGAUGUGCAAUUGCUUCUUUGCCUCCUGACAAUCUCAAAACAAAACUUUAAAGAAUGAAAAAAGAUCCAACAACAGGACAAUUCCCUUACAAAAACAUUGGAGAUUGUUUCCUCAAAGUAAUUAAAUUAUUAUUAAUAAACUCUAGACAAUUAAAAGAGAAGGUGUAACAGGAUUAUGGGUUGGAUUGCCAGUCUUUUAUACAAGAGUAGGACCACAUGCUAUGAUUACACUUUUAGUCCAAGAUACAUUAACUUAAAUGUGGAAUCCUCCAAAGAAAAAAAAUUGAUAUUCAUCUAAAAAUUAUCCAAUUAUAUCAUAAUUCUUAAAUAAAAUAUUUAUAAAUAAA